CGUUCACCGUUGCAAGGUCCCCAUUCAUACCGUUUGCCACCUAGCUUGCCCUUGUCAAGAUCAGGCAAAGCAACACAGGUCCGUUCCAGACGCUACAGUUGAUCGCCUAGCUGGCUCAGUCGACAUCAACAUCGUCCCACCUUUUUGAUGGCGAAGAAGAAGAAGUAUAAGAGCGUACCACGCGAGCACUCAUGUUCUACGCACCACUGUGUUCCAGAAGAAGUGUUCCAGCUGUUAACUUCGAACCAUAGUCCUUUUUCACCUCUGCACCCCAUCUUCAGCCCCAGCUUCACCAUAGACACAGAAGCUCCAACGGCCAUGUCGUCCUCUGAGCAGAAAACCAUUUCUGACAAGAGGAAGACAUCGGCGAAGAUGUUGGUGGCACUGUUCCCCAGAAUCCCUAAGACCGCGACCGUGCUGUUGGAGUUCUUCAUAAAGCGAGAGAGCAAGAUCUCUCUCCUCCGGGACCCACUGUCUCACUUCUGCCAAGAGGAAGUUGUACUGCACGCCCAGGAAUGUCUCAUCAAGCUCAACAAACAGGUCAUCAACUACCAGGACCUCAGAGACAUGGUUGAGAACCUCGUCGGAUUACAUAGCAUGUGCACCAAGAAAGACCCUGAGGUGGCUAAGACAUUGGCUACCACGGUGCGCAAGCUGACCAUUAUCGUGGGCGAAGUGGCAACUUCCUUGGAGAAAAUAGCUGAAGUGUCGGUCACCGAUUGGAUGGGAAUAGGAGACGCCAUUGUCAACAAACUUAGUCGAGUGAGCAUUCCAAAACAACCUCCUUUCUCAACAUACAUACCAAAAAUGAGAGACUUCAAGUGCAUCAAGAUGCUUGGCGCGGGAGGCUUUGGGGCUGUGUACCUCACGAACUAUAAGCCUGCUAACUUCACCGCGACGGUGAAGCUGGUGGCCAUGGACCGGUUCAGCAGACACAAGCAGGCGGCCAUGGACAAAGUGGUUGCUUCUGUAGUGCGAAAUCCCUUCUUGGUCAAGUAUUACUGUUGCUUCUGCGUCAAGGAGGCGUACGUGACAGUAAUGGAGCACGUCCCGGGGUUGGACUUGAUGCGGGUCGUCACCAAGGAGGAGUACAUGCAGAUCAACGUUGUGCAAAUUAUAAUGGCGCAGCUUAUCCUGGCAAUCGAGCACCUGCAUCUCCGAGGCUUCCUUCACCGCGACAUCAAGGUGUCCAACAUGCUCAUCCUUCCUGGAGGUCGGGUCAAGGUGAUCGACUUCGACACCACAAAAGUUUGCAGCGGCCAUUUUGCGAAGCGCCUUUUGCGGGGCUACUUUCGGCGGACGCCUUUCGAGUUCAACGAUGGCGAGUCGGCUGGAACAAUUCCUUACAUGGCACCCGAAAUCCUAAAGCGGCGACCCUACGGACGUGCAGCAGACUGGUGGUCCUCUGGCAUUGUGAUGUACAAGCUGAUGACUGGCCGGGUGCCAUACAGAGGCAAAACGAAGCAACUGCUUCGUGAACGCAUCAUUACUGCCCCACUGAAAUGGCCCCGUGCUGAAGAACAUCCCCACUCCGCAACGACCACAGCGAAGGACAUGACCUACCGCAUGCUCAAGAAGAACCCCAUCGAACGGCUCGGCUCCAGAAGCUACGACGACCUGAAGACUCACCCGUUCUUCGACCGCUUUAGCUGGAAGCAGUUGUACCAGAAGACGCAGCUCUGCAACAUUCCCAGCAUCCAGGACUUGAUGUCCGCUGAUGCGGAUCGCGAAGGAAAAGCUGGCCAGGACACUACGAGCAAGCGGAAGCACUUGCAGCUGGAAGACAUGACGGACGUCAGCUCCUCUAGCCAGAAGCCGUUACUUUGCUUCGCAUCGCCGUCCUACAAGAAACUCAUGGUUUCGGUGAAACAAAGCAAGACUCAGCUCAACGUGUCUGGAUCGUUCAUGAACACCACCGCAACGAGCUCGUCUGGCAUUGACUACAACCCCGCGGGCUCGCCAGGACAGUCGUCUCUGAAGACCAUGGUUACGAGUCUUGAAGGGAAAGACAGCCAGUUGCUAGGACCAGAGAAGGUCGAUCUCAUUCUCUUUAGAAAGAAGAAAUUCAGCAAGUAUUGGGGCUUUGGAUUUUCAAUGCAAAGAGUAGCAGGGGAGGAAGAUAAUACGUUCUUCGUAUAUGUUGAUAAUGUGACUGCCGACGGUCCAGCUGAUCGGUCUCAGUUACUUCCACUGGAUGUGAUCUUAUCUGUGAACGGCACUCCCGUAGGAGACCUGCCUCUGGGCAAAGUGAAGAAGCUAGUCGGUAGCUCUGCAGACCAGAUGGUCCUUUCUGUGAUGUCUUCCAGCGUGUACCGUCUGCUUACCACGCGUCGGGACAUGAUGGCCUUCGUGCGGACUGCAGACAAGCUGAGCGUUGUGGUCGCAUGGACCAACAAUUUGUGCAGCGGCAAUCGCCCGUAUGGGAUGGACAUUCUGGACGCGAACACUUGGGACGAGAGCGCCAAGCAGUAUGCCAAAGUGUUCGUGUUGCUCCACACCGACGUCGUGACCGUGACCAACAAUCGUGUUUUCCCCGGAGACGUCGUCACUCACGUGGACGGGACGUCGCUGGAAGGGCUCACCAAGGAAGACUUCGGGCGACUUCUGCGUGCCAGCAAGCAGAACGUGACGCUUUCUGUCGUUAGUCUGUCCCCGUUUCGCCUCAGGCGAAUCCCGGUCAGCAAACUACGCGAGACUGUGCUCACUGAUGUGAACAUCGUUAGCAGGUCCACCGCAGCGGAAUUGGAGACGUGAUUGUUCGUUAAAGAAUUUCCUGUAAUAUACCCAUAAGGCAGUCGACCUGACGAAUCGGCCGCUAUUUUUUUGUCUAUUUUUAAUAGAGUAGUUACUAGGAAUAAAACUGACGAUAUUUCCUGACA